UAAUGUAUACAAAAUAAGCGGCGGCUAUUUUUUGUUAUUUUAAUGAAACGUAGUGGAUUGCGAUGAGCACGAACGUUCUAGUGAGCAUGGAUGAGAAGGCGGUGGCCGACGACCUACCGUAUUUCCAGGAGAAGUUUCCGGGCAAGGUGUGCUGUUUAUGCAAUCUCGGUGAGAAAAGUGCCUUGGGCCAGGGUGAGAUUCUCCAACUGAAGGCGCCCGCGCCCGCUGAAUUAAAGGAGAAAUAUUCCACGGAACGACUGAAAGAGGACAGUUCUAUGCUGAUAUACGGAACCAAACAGCCGCCAAUUAAUUCAGGCGAGUGCCAUUACGAGUUGGACAAGAUUGGCCAGCCAGAGGUAGUGCAUCCUGCAGAGUUUUUGGAUGAGGGCUUCGUCUACGCGCACCGCAUGUGCAUAAUGUGGUCGCUACGCAAAAGUCAAAUAAGCGAUGUGGACGCUACGUAUUUCGCUAGCCACUUUGCGGAGUUUUUAGAGAAGAAGUGCAACUUCUGCGGCCGCUACGGGGCCUCUAUCCACUGCAAGAUGAACUGUCACCAGGUGCACCACUGGCCAUGUGCGGCCGCCGCAGGCUGCCUUCUCAUAUUGGAGAGUUUCACGGUCUUCUGCACGGAGCAUUUGAGUCAAGUGCCUGUGAUAUGCAGCGACAAUAAUGUGGAGUGUAUAACGUGCUCCUCACUGGGGGACCUGUCCAAGCUAAUUAUGUGUAGUACCUGCGGAGACCACUUCCAUUCAACCUGCAUCGGCCUGGCCAAUCUACCAGACACCCGUUCAGGCUGGAAUUGUGCCCGCUGCACAAAAUGCCAGAUCUGCAGACAGCAGGACUCGAAUGACACAAAGUACGUGAAGUGUGAGCAGUGCCAGAAGAUCUAUCAUGCCUCCUGUUUACGCCCAGUUAUCGCAGCUAUACCUAAAUACGGAUGGAAGUGCAACCGUUGUCGCGUUUGCACAGAUUGUGGAUCAAGAACCCCGGGCGGUGGCAGUUCUUCCCGCUGGCACAGUCACUACACAAUCUGCGAUUCGUGUUAUCAGCAGCGGAAUAAGGGUUUUUCCUGUCCGAUUUGUCAAAAGGCAUAUAGAGCAGCAUCCCACAAGGAAAUGGUGAAGUGUAACUGGUGCAACAAAUUUGUGCACAGUACGUGUGACGAAGAGGCGGAUUUAACGGCUUACCACAAGAAAAAGGAGCAGAAUCCAGAUUACGAUUACGUGUGUCCGAACUGUAAAAGUAAUUCAUCCGGUCCGGGAACAUCCCAACAGGCAAUCGAUUCGAUUGUUUUGUCUGCUAUGGAUUCGUCAUCAGAGCAGAUGAGUAUCAAAGAAAUUGAACUUGACCCGUUAGAGGGUAAACCCACAAUGGAUCCAUCUAGCGAUGAAUUCCACAAACUGCCCACCGGCAAGAAAAAAGUGUGCCUUCCAAAUGUCCGCGGAAAGAGUGGAAAGUUUGUGCUACAUCGUAUGGGUGUUAUGUCACAGAUCAACAAGAAGCGUAGCACGCGGGGUAAAGGACGCCAGCUUGCGUUGCCCAGCAUAUCGAGCGAUCGCUGCAUGAGUCGAAAUAUGGAAACCGAUUUCACCAGUGACAAAAAGCUGCUAUUAUGCUCGGCGCGGGACAAGUUUAUCCAAGCGCAAGAUAUCUGCGUUAUGUGCGGCUCACUGGGCAUUGAAAGCGAUUCGGUGAUGAUCACUUGUGCUCAGUGCGGCCAAUGCUAUCAUCCGUACUGUGCCGGUGUGAAGCCUUCGAGAGGCAUCCUGCAGAAGGGCUGGCGAUGCCUGGACUGCACAGUGUGCGAGGGUUGUGGAAAGAAGAACGACGAGGCGCGCCUUUUGUUAUGCGAUGAAUGCGACAUUUCUUACCAUAUUUAUUGUGUUAAUCCCCCACUGGAAACCGUGCCCUCUGGCAACUGGAAGUGUUCCUUCUGUACACUUUGCCAGAAAUGCGGUCGUAAUCCCACCGAUAAGAGCGAGUUCGGAGACUCCAACAUGCUCGAAUGCCCGCCCUGCACCAGCCAAUCGUUGUGUCCCAUCUGCAAGAACCCUUACAGCAACGGUGAGAUGAUUAUUCAAUGCGAGCACUGUGAGCUUUGGUCGCACUUCCUCUGCGACACCAUCAACGCUCAAUUGACCAUUGAUUACUACGAUAGUAAUGUGUACAAGUGUUUAAAGUGCCGCUGCUCUACGAGAAACAUGAUGUCCCUGACGGAUACCAAGUCUGGUAACGAUGAUGCGACCGUCAUUGGUCCUCCGACAAGCAAAGCAUUUGUGCACAUCACAGCCUCUGGACCGAGUUUUGAUGCCAAAACUGGCCCCGAUCGUAAUCAUCUUACCUUAUCCAGCGAUCUACCAGACGCUGCUCCGGAGGCCAUUCAUUGGAUUGACGGCGUUUGCCUAAGCGAAAGCGGAUUAGGAAUGAUAAAGUCUCUAUCAACGGAGAUCAAACGAAAGCGCAAGAUGCGCCAGCCUAUCGGCAAUGGCAAGGAUAGCCAAGCAGAUAACGGUGCUGAGGAGGGGCACGAAAAGUACAAAGACGGAAUGGUCUGGGAUGGGACGGAGAACGCCAUUCCCGAGGGUUUCACUAUCACCACCAACGAUGAGGGAGUGCAUAUCUUACGCAAGAAGCGACAACGCAAUCUGCAAAAGCUGGGCAUUGGGGGGUUUUCUGUUCGCAAUCGGGGUCUGAAAAAGGACAAUGAGGAGACGACGGCUGCUGAUCAAUUAAAUUCAAUUAUAACUAUGGACAAAAAGAAGAAAAUCAUAAGAAAAAAGCAAAAGAACAAACUUAUUGAAGCAUAUCCUGUAUAUCUACAAGAGGCAUUCUUUGGAAAACCUCUACUGGAAGGCGGAGAGCAUGGCAUAGCCGAAUCAGAUUCUUCUGAUGAAAUUGAUGCAUCCAUGAAGAUAUAUUUCACUAGGGCAGAGCGUAAGAGCCCAGCCAAUCAGGACACACCGGUGACUAACAAAAGUCCUGCAAAGACCGUGAAAAAAGUCAAGGCUGAGUUAAAAACUGAAAAUAAAGCUCUUUUUAUUGAGCAAAUGCCAAUGGGAAUCCAGCAUAAAAACGCAAUGGCACCUGUUUCAAACGUGUUUGAUCCCCUUCAAACAGAGAUUUCGAAUACUGUGUUUGCCAACCGGCAUCCAUUGGAUACGUUGGCUUCACCAAAUAUUCCCGAACUAGACACAGUGAAUUCUGUAAAUACGGUUGCAUCAGCUGAAAUUAUUGAAAAACCAAUUCGGGAUUCACCAGUGGUGUUGGUCGAUAAUUACAUGGUGCCAAACCAGUUGCCUCAGGACCAAAAGUUUCACAAUCAGCUAUAUUUGCCAGGAAAUAUUGCCGUUAACCCCGUCCAACAGCUUCAUUUCCGCCAACAAGAGCAUUUAAAGGCACAGAAUACCAAUAAGCAGAAUAUGCAAACUAUGAAUAGCCAAGUUGUUUUGCAACCCGAUAAGAGGCCAGAAGAAGAUCAAAAGGUUGUUGAACCCGUGGCGGAAAAUUUGAACGCUGGCACUCAAAAGACGGCAGAGAAAAUGCGAAAGGACGAGGACCUUGGUUUAAUGGCCACCAUUUCGGCAGUUUUGUAUGCCAAUACUGAGCAUCCGAACCUAAAAGAAUUGUUCCCCAACUGGAAUGAUCGUUGCAAGCAGAUUUUAAAGAGAUGGCGGUCGUUAUGCAACGAGAAAAAGGCUCCGUUCUUGCAAAAGGCAAAGGAUAAUCGUUCGGCACUGCGGCAGAGGAGAGAGCAAAAUAAAAUACCUAUCCCACCAAAGCCUCAAAAGCAGGAAGAAAUGGGAAGGGUUUGGAAACAACAGCCAAAAAUAAAGGAAGACCAGCCGAACAUGUUUGUUACGUACAAUGGAAAUGCUUACGAUAUGGCAAACUAUGUAGGUGGCGCUGCGCAGUCAACGCCCAAUAAUCCCAACCAGCAUCAAGUAAUGCCCAAUGUCAACGAAAAUUUAGUGAUCAAGGCCACGAUGCAAAGGACUCAAGUACACACGUCGACUGCUACUACCUUAAAAAUGACCCCCAUGGACAAUCGGCUGGAGUUGAACACUGUUUAUGGAACCGAACCCAUUGGAGAUAAAAAGCUAAGGAACCUGCUGCAAAAGAAUAGUACUGAACCAAUGCUUAUGGGAGCCAAUUCGGACUUGUUCUUAGGUAAUGAUGUCAUGCGACUGGGCAUGAUGCAAAAUACCCCCAUUACACAGAACAAUCCAAUGUUGAGCAUAAGUGGAAAAGCACCUGAAGGCAGGGCCUUGGAGCAGGAUGUAAAGAUGAGCGAACCGCAGGAGGCAACGUCCUCUGCCGUGGAGUUGGAAAACGUAGGUUUUAGUGAUCUUCUGGGAGGACUCGGCGAAGGGGACGACGAUGAUCUACUCAAGUCGCUCACUUCAGAAAUUGGAGAUGACUUUAAUAUUCUGGAGUAUGCGGACCCAGAACUAGAUGUGAAUGUUCUCAACUCUCUAGAUUUUGAUGACAAUGAAAAAUGUUCUACAUAGGAAAAAGAAUCAUUUAAUUGGAAAUAAAAAAUGCAAUAUUUAAUAGUAA